GCGUCCCGGGCACCGUCCCCACCGGGAAGCGUGGCCGAGACCUCUCGCGCUCUGGAGCCGCCUCUCGGGCUCGAGGAACGCGGGGACGUUGGGAAUAGUUCGGCUUUGUUCUGCUUCGGGGGCGCGUGUGACCUCCUGGGGGCUUUGUGCCGCUCAAAGGAAGCUUCGGGGGAAGAACUGCUGCUUUCCGUGGCGUUCGAGCUAAAAAUACCGCCGUUAGGCCGCAGGUUUAGAGGCUUAAUGCCGCUGAGGACGAGUUAAAAUUGGAAUAUGCGUAAGGCUCGGAUGCGCGGAGCGGAUGGUUUCCUGGCGCUGCAGUAACAGCUUGCCAUCUUUCCGUAGUCUUCCCAGAGCUCCUGUGUCACCUAAAGGGCAGCUAUGGACCCCGAGGCGGAGGUGAAGAAGCAGGUGAACCCUUUCUACUGCAAUAUUUGCAAAAUCUGGUGUGCUUCCGCAUUAAACUUGCAGACUCACUUCCUUGGAUUCAAGCACAAGAAGGUUGAAGAAGCCCUGAAAGCUCAUGGCAUUGUUAAAACUGCAAAUGGCACAGGGGACCGAGUGAAAGUACCUGUAAAACUUCCUGGUUACGUGCAAGCUAAGCCAGAAAGGUAUCAUGGACAGACCUUGGAAGAACAGCUUAAUACGUGUAAAGAUUCAGAACCUGCACUUGGACUUAAUUAUAUAAUUGAAUAUCGAUCAAAAGAUAAUUUUCCUUUUCUCUAUGAGUGUCAACUGUGCCACUGUAAAACAGGACUGAGCAACAUGUUCAUGCAUGUUUGUGGCUCCAAGCACAGACUGGCAUACCUGAAACAACAUUAUCCUGAGAUAGCAGAAUCUGAUGAAGUUAAGGGAAAAGGCUCUGAACUGAACAGAAAAGUUAGGCAAGUUGCAUUAACAAUUGAGAAGAAAGAAGGAAGAAAACAAUUAAAGGUUGUUAUAGAAACUCCAGUAAUCAGGAAAAGAUGGCAAGAAUAUCCUAAUGCAGAUGAUAGCCCAUCAAAAGCUAAAGUUCAGCAUGUGGAUGCAUCACUUAGUAAUGAAGAAGGAAUGGACUGUAAAAUCAAGGAUGGAAAAUUGCCAGAUCCGAUUCAAGAAGAAAAGAAUGUUCAAGAGGAGCAGGAACACUGUCAGAAAGAACAGGCAACGCCAGAUGAGAAGGGUGAAACUAACACAGCUGUUGAAAGCACUAAAGGCAACCUCACUGAAGAAGGCAGCAGUUCUGAAAAAUGUGAGACCAAUGUACAACUGCAAGAAGAAAACGAGGAAGUCGAGCAAGCAUCUGCAGCAGCUGCUGAAGAAUUCACUAGUCAGGAAGAACUGCUGAGUUACCUGCAAAGUUUUGAGAUACUGAAUGAAGAUGAUGCUGCUUUUAUCCUAAAAGUCACACAGACUCUCACAGAUGCAUUGGUGGAUUAUCGUCAGCAAGCUGCAUCAAAAAAAGACCUCUUAGAUAAUGAAUGUAAUGGAGAAGAAGCAUUGGAACAUUCUGUGGAACAAUCUGAGCUGACUUCGGCAGAUAUUAGUGAUUCUGAUACUGACAAUUCAAGCAGCCGAUCGGCUAAAAAGUCCUUAUCAAUAAAUGAGGAAGAUGAACUGCAAAACUUCUCAACUGGCUCUUUGGACACAGCGUAUGAGAACAACAUCACUACUGAAUUUUUGAACAGUGUGAGAAAUAUGAAUGUUGAGGAAGUUACUGCUACUCUACACAAAAUAGCGGCUACAAAUCCAGCUUUCAGAGGAAUGGAUAUUCCAAAUGUUGUAAAGAUCCUGACUGAAAGUGGGACUCUGAGAAGACCGAGCAAUGGCAGCACACACUGACGUGGCAGUUAGCAAAGUUAAUAUUGCAGUGUUUACUUUCUGUAAGUUUUAAAUCAUUCUUUUGCUUAAUAUGAACUCAGUGUAGCUGAUUGUGCUAUAUCCAAAUACUGCAUGAUAUUCUUCUAAUUAAUAAUUUCGUUUUGAAAUUCUUACUAUUCUGUAUGGAACAAUUAAAUUUAAUAUUGUUUCUUUUUCCAUUGGCCUCUAUUUUUAAAUGAGUAGCCAUUAUUUUCCUAAAUAUCUUUACACACUGUAUAUUAGCAGUCUGAUCUUUUCUUAUUGAUUUUUAUGGCUCUUUGUAAGAGUUAAUUACAGAACUGUAGCGGUUGGAAGGGACCUCUGGAGAUCAUUUAGUCUAACCCCCUACUAAAGCAAGUUCCCUACAGUAGGUUUCAAGGAAGUCAUGCAGAUGGGUCUUGAAUAUCUCCUGAGAAAAAGACUCCACAACCUCUCCAGUGUUUUGUCACCCUCAUGUUUGUUUGGAAUUCUCUGUGUUUCAGUUUGUGCCCGUUGCCCCUUGUUCUUUUUCUGGGCACCACUGAAAGGAGCCUGGCCCUGCCCACUUGACUCCUGUCCUUUGGAUAUUUGUAAGUGUUGAGAAGCUCCCCCCUCAGUUUUUUCUUCUCCAGGCUAAACAAUUCCAGGUCUCUCAGCCUUUCCCGUAAGGGAAAUCCUCCAGGUCCUCAUCACUUCUGUGUCCCUCCACUGGACUCUCUCCAGAAGAUAGUUUCUUGAACUGGAAAGCCCAGAACUGGGCACAGUACCCCAGAUGUGGCCUCACCAGGGCAGAGCAGAGGGGAGGAGAACCUCCUUGAUUUGCUCAACGUGCUCUUUUUCAUGCACCUCAGGAUCCCAUUGGCCUCCUUGACCACAAGAACAUACUGCUUGGCUCAUGGCCAGCUUGCAGUCCAGUAGGAUACCCAGCUCCUCUGUAGAGCUCCUCUCCAGCAGGUCACUCCCUAACCUGUACUGAUGUGUGUGGUUAUUCCUUCUCAGGUGUAGGAAUCUGCACUUGCCCGUGUUGAACCUCAUCAGGUUCCUCUGUGCCCAACUCUUCAGCCUGUCCAGGUCUCACUGAAUGGCAGCACAGCAUUCUGACGUGUCAGUCACUCCUCCCAGCUUUAUAUGAUCAGCCAUUUUGCUGAGUGUGCAUUCCGUCCCUUUAUCUAGGUUAUUGAUGAGGAUGUUGAGCAAGACUGGACAUGGUACUGAUUCUUGGAGAGCACCACUAGCUGUAGGCCUCCAGCUAGACCCUACAUCACUGAUCACAAUCCUCUGAGCUCUGCCAGUCAGCCCCACUGUCUGUUUGUCUGUUCCACCCUUCCUAAGCUUACCUAUGAGGAUGUUGGAUACAGUAUCAAAAACCUUGCUGAAGUUAAAAUGCACUACAUCCACUGCUCUCCCCCAUCUGCCCAGCUGGUCAUGACAUCAUAGAAAGGUACCAGAUUGGUCAAACAUGAAUCCAUGUUGUCUUCUAAUAACUUUGUCUUCCACUACAGCAGUCAGCAGUACAAAUGCAUCCUAUAGCAAACAGUCAAAUUAUCCCCUGUGGCUGCAGGGCCAUACUGAAAGGCUAUUGAAAUUAGGGGUAUCUUCCCAUAUAAAGAUUAUGAAUUGGUCUCCUGUUUUUUCAAUAAAGAUUAAAAAUUGCAACAAAUCAGUGCUGUCAGUUCAGUUCUGAGUUAAGUGCAUGGAUUAUAGGUAACUUUUGGAGAGUAGUUAACUGGAAGUGUUAGCAAACUCAGCAGAGGUUGACUUGCUUGCAAAUUCAGGGAUAUAUUUCAAGAGAGGUAACCAGACUAUACUUAAGAAACACUGACUUGUUAGUGAAAGAAUCUUUUAUCUUCUC